AUGGAUGCAAUCAUUAAUUUAAAAGAUGUCAAUUUGUUGAUCGCCAGUGGAUGCAUUAUCUUCAACCCCUUAUAUUGGAAUAUUGUAGCUCGCUGGGAGUGCAGAAGUAGAGCCAUAUCUAGAAAACUUGGAGCAAAAGUGGGAUGCAGUUUGUUAGCGGCGACAAUUUUGGUUCUUGGUAUAGUGCGAGAUUGGAGAUUCGGAGAAGCUAUUGUAACACAGCCCCGUUGGCAUGUAAUGGAGCAGCAAUGGAUAUGGGCGCUCGGAUAUGUUACAGUAUCCAUGGGUACCAUUCUAGUGUUGUCCAGCUUUCUGCGACUUGGUUUCUUUGGAACUUUUCUUGGAGACUACUUCGGAAUUCUUAUGGAUGAAAGAGUUAUAGGAUUUCCUUUCAAUAUUAUCAACAAUCCAAUGUAUUGGGGUACUAGUCUGAACUUUCUGGGUUAUGCUGUAGUUCAAGCAAGUCCUGUAGGAAUAAUUUUGUCCGCUCUGGUUGCGAUUGUUUAUAAAAUAGCAAUAAUAUAUGAAGGGGAAUUUACAACUAGAAUUUACAACGAAGCAGAUAAAAACAGGAAAAUGGUUUGA